UCGAUCCGCUCCCACUACCUCUUGUACAUUUGCUCUCCAACCCUGCCCAUUCCGUUCGCGCUACUACCUCCUUCCCCGUCUCGCUGCGCACGUCCAAUGGCCUUCCCGCCACAUCCCGCGCGCCUGCUCGCGCGGCCUCGACCCGCCACAGCGAUAACGAGAGCCGCGCAACGCCCGCAUUCCUCCCGCCGCCCGCGCGUUCACCGCAGCGGUCUCGCCGCGAUCGCCGCGCUCGUCGCGCUGUGUGCGGCGGCGGCGUCCCCGGAGCUGCUAGCGGCGGUGCACGCGGAAGCCAUCCAGCCGGUGCCGGGGCUCUCCACGGCCGAUGACGUGGCGCUCGCUGAGAAGGCGGCCCUGCUCUCCCUGGCGAGCGCCCUGAACAACCACCCCGCGUUCGCGUGGGCGGGGUGGACGAGCGCGUCGCAGGGGCUGAGCGCCAGCGACAGCAAGCCGUGCGUGCAGUUCUGGGAGUUCCUCUCGUGCGACUCCGACGGGCGCGUCUCCAGCAUCAACAUUGAUAACCCGACUCUUGGCACGAUCAACGCAUCAUGGGCCAAUCAGAAGGCGCCAGGUGGCCUGUCAGGGAGCAUUCCCUGGGACUCCCUCACAGUGCUGCAGCGCCUGCAGGCCGUUGAUCUGUCGGGCAACUCCAUCUCUGGCCCUCCGUUCACGCCUGCCAUCUCACAGUUCACUGAGCUCAGGGAAAUCCAGCUGGCGGGCAACCGCCUGGAUGCGCCAGUGGCGAGCCAGGCUUCGGAGCUCUUCAACCUGCAGAAGCUUGACCUGAGCAACAACCUCAUCCCCGGCGCCUUGCCAGCGGGCCUGUCAGCGCUGACCGCCUUGGAGGUUCUCUCCCUCUCCUCCAACCAGCUCGCUGACUCCUUCCCCUUGGGGCUCUCUGCUCUCACGGCGCUCAAGCAGCUGGAGUUGGGCAACAACAAUUUCAACGGGCCUCUGCCCGACCAGUGGAGCACACUCACAGGCCUGCAGCUGCUCGACCUUGCGGGUGCGGGCGUGGUGCUUCCGCUGCCCGACUCGUGGGCGGCGCUGUCCUCUCUGGAGACCCUCUCCCUGCAGAACAACAACCUCACCGCGCCCUUCCCCGCCUUCCUGCUGCAGCUGCCCAGCAUCUCCGACGUAACUCUUUUCAACAACAGCCUCUACGGUAGCCUGCCUGCUACCCUCUGGAAUCCCACCAAGCUGACCCUCGUCGAGGUGUCUUCCAACUUCCUGAACGGCUCAGUCCCUCAGCCGCCUGCUGGCCGCUCUGCUGACUUCAGCUACAGCACCAACUGCCUGCAGUCGGCGCCGUCCCAGCGGCCCACGGACCAGUGCUCGAGCUUCUACUCCAACCUGCCCGCGCUCGUCCAAGCUGCGGCUGAGAAGGCGCGCUCCAAGGGAUGUUCUGCAGUCAGCUCUUUGCAGUCGGCAGCAGCGGCCGCAGCUGCAGCCGCAGCGCUUCUUGCAUCUCUCUCCCUGGCACUGAUGCACUAGCGCCACGCAUGGACUAGCAAGGGCAGAUCAUGCCCCUUAGGACGCAUUCAUCCCACUGACGCGCUUAGCUGGUUUGGUAGUCCGUUGCAACUUCAAAAUGUUGCCAAGUUAGAGCCGAUGGGUUUUUAGCCUGGGUUGGUAAUAAAUGUCAAAGCAUUUCACAUAAAUUAGGGCGACAGCAUACAAAAGAAAAGAAGUGUAUUGGGCAUUAGAAAAGAGAAAUAAUGUAAAAUUGGACAAGUUGAACAAUAUAAUUAUGCAUAAUUG